AUGACCACUCUUCUCGGAGUGGUUUUAUUGAUGUCAGUCGUGGCUGCGAACAACUGCAGCAUCGAGCCCAUUUAUGUCGACUUUCAUAAUCGAGCAGUCGAUGGCGGAAUUACGUUCCAAUAUGGGCUUUUCACAGGAAUCGGUAGCCCGAUCUCACAAAACCUAUCUCAGUGGCCGUCAUUAUCACACAAUGAGACGACAGUAGGAAGUUUGGACUAUUGUACGAACAGUCAAUUCCAGAACUGCAACAAUCAAAGCCACGGCUUUUAUUCGCCAGACCUCUCAGAUGCGUACUCGUCCGCAGCAUCUUAUCAGCGACUCGACCAGCUGGGAUCAAUACCCGCCACCGUCGUCGAGACUGCUUUCGACACCUUCAAUCUCUUCACUCACUAUUUCGAUCCGUCACCUCCAAACAUCACCAAAAUCUCGAACUUUCCCAUCACAGUGCUCUCGAAUUACUCCGCGAAAACGACACCAUGGUUCGGUCCCGCCGGUCUGGUCGGCCUUGGCCCUUCGAGCACUCUUCUCCGCCAUCUCUAUGACCUCAAGCUAAUCUCUUCUCGCUCAUUCGGCCUCUACACGGGUGCUGCAUACGCUCAGUCCAAUGGAGCCAUGAACGGCUCGUUAACACUCGGGGGAUGCGACUCUGGACGUUUUGGGGGAAACGUAUAUAACUUCACCAUCGUCGAGCCGAACCCUGAUGCGGACCACAGUCCUUUUAAAGUGCUUGUCACGCAGAUGAUGCUCGAUACUGGAAAUGGGAGCAAGACAGAACUUCUGGACGGAUUCGAUGCCUACAUCACGACAUCACAAUACCCACUCAGUCUUCCAGCCGGCGUCACCAAGAAGCUGGCUGACAUUACUGGAGCCAGUCCUUCGAAUGAUGCACUCGACGUUCUUCGUCUUCCAUCUGAUUUCGACGGCACUUUGACCAUCACGCUUGAAGGUGGAUUAAAUCUCACUUACAACUCUGAAUGGCUCCGCAAUAUAUCCAAUAACUCACCUAUCUCUGCCGCCCCUCUGUCCACCUCUUCCGGCAACAGCACAGCCACCAGCCCCAGCCUUCUGGGUUCUGCAUUUUUGUCCAACGUUUACUUCAUGGCAAACUACGACUCACACCCACCAACAUUCCAACUGGCCUCUGCCCUCCCGCAAGGACUGUACGUUCAAACCAAGACCCUUUGUCCCAACACCGUGCCCGUUGCGGCAAAGGCAACCAAGAUCUCCUCCUUCGGACGCGCCGGUCUCACAGGCGCCAUCGUCGCCAGCGUACUUGGCGGCAUCGGUUUCAGUUUUGCAUGCUUCUGGUGCUUUCGGAAAUACAUGCGACGUCGAAUGCGCAAGCGCGCUUCCGAGGCGGCGACGGCUGCUGCUUCAAACAAGUCUCUCGACGGUACAAUAAACGUCAAGGGCAAAGGUGAUAGCUCCUCGUCUCUGUCCGACGACGACGAGCGUGACAGUGCAGAGAUGACGACAUUCCCACUCGACUUCAACUCGCAAUCGCACCAGGCCUACCAAACGUACCUGGUUCGUCAACAACAGAGCAACCAAGGCAGGUCACACCAACACCAUCUGUCCAACACCUCGGAUGCCCGCGCGCAAGAAUACUUGCGCACCGUCGACGACGCGUACGGCGGCACCGCCCCGCUGACCCCCGCGACAGGUGUGCCUCUGCUCCUCGCCCAACAACCGGUCGGGGAAUCAUUCGCGCUCUCGCACAUCCAGACACGCACGCCGACCGUCUCUACUCACCCGCCUCUGCAGAGCCACGCGCACUCCCAGGUUCAGACGCGCUUGUAUCCUCCUCCCCUUGCGCCCAUGGGGGAGACCGACGCGCCGCAGCGCCGCACGAGCCACGAACACGCGCGCAGGCAGGAAAUCGGGUUGAAUGUGCAGACGGAGUUUGCGCCCCCGCCGAAAUCAAGCUCCGCCGUGGGCAACCGACGCAAGAAGGAGAGCAUGUUGAGAAAGGUGUUUCCUCCUCCGCCACAGCCGGGCUCUUGA